AUGAGCGUCGAAGAGAACACGCCUCACAGGCGCUCGAGCAGCGCCUCGUUUGCUCAAAACAUGUCGAGGGACUUUCCCCAGCCAAAUUCGGCCGCUGCCUUCGCCGGCGCCCGCAGUCCUCCCAAAGCAAAGAUUCUCUCACGACAUGGACNNCCCAUGACGCAGAAUGCGCCUUGCAAAUACUUUGCCAAGGGCAGCUGUAGAUUCGGUCAAGGAUGCGCCCUCGCCCAUAUUCUCCCCGAUGGCCGAGUCAUCAACAGGCCUCCUCGCGGCGGCCAGCCCUUCAACUACGGCCGCCGUGGUCCUCAACCAUACGCUCCCGCCCCGCCAUCAUUGCUCACCAUGCAAGCCAAUGAUCUAGCAUCGCAGCAACAACAGCAGCCGCAAGAGAUGGGAUACCAGAAGCAAGAAGAUGUGCCAAACCUUCCGAACCUUGCACCCUACCUUCAGGCUUCACAGCCCCUUUCGCUAGACCCCAGCAACACAUUUGGCUCUCCGAUGAACGACAACCGCUUUGGUGCCUCGCCCAAUGCCAGAGGCCUGAGCGUACUGGAUGCGCCCCUGCCCGGUUCCUUCGACAGCCAAGGCAUCUCACAUGCUGCACGCCAUGGUCCAUUCGCGUCGUCCGUUCCNUCUCGCCUCGGCCAAGGCCUUGAGUCACCUCCUUCGUCCUUGCCCAAUAAAGCGUUCCUUGGAAGUACUCUUCGUGGCCUUGGCGAUACUACCCUUGAUGGCGUGUUGGCUGGUUCUUCUCCUCCCACCUUCGAAGAGCCCAUGAGCUUUGGCAAGAGACCUUUGCACUCGGAGAGAUUCUCGCGACCCAGACCCAUGAUGUCCGCUAGUGUCGGCACGCGGCCUUCAUUUUAUUCACACUUCCCACCAGACGCCACUGAUUCGGAGGAGAGCGAAGAGGAGGGUAUUGGUGAGGACCUUCUGCCAUCAAGUCUGCACGAGCUUCUUCCUCCGGAAAAAUUGCGCAGACCUUCGCAACAAAUCGACGACGACAUCAAUCCCUCCUUCCUGUCCGCUGGCCGUCGCGCAAUAUCGAACGGACAGAUUCCCGUGGACAACAAAGUAGGCAGUGUUAGCCCACACACUGGCAGUCCUUCAAGAUAUAGCUCAAUCUGGUCCACAGGCUCAUACCGCAAGGAGGGAGAAAACGGCUUUGGUUCCAUUGGAUCUCCACUCCGACCAUCGUCAUUGCGCUCAUCGUCACUUGCUGGAGGCGACUUUGGCUCUCUUAUUGGCAGUCCACCCAAACAAGCAAGCAUGUCGAUGCUCACUCGUGAGCUGCAGAGUACCAGGAUCUCCGAGAAGUCUCCUUCGUUGCAUCCUCGUAUGAGUUCCUCUUCCAGCGAUUCUCGCGCGGCACUCCGUGGAGGACUUGAUAGAGGCAUUAGCAGCAACAGUCUGGGCCGCAACGAGACGAUCGAAGAAGAGGACCAAGGCUUGUUCUCUAUGGAAGAAGAAGACGAGUUCGAGAGCUCAUCAAGGAAGCCCUCGGUCUCUCCUAUUGGUCUCCUGCCCGGAAAGAGCGAGCCAACCCUUGGACCCAUUGGUGGGCAAAGAACCAAGUAA